UCGUUUGCAGCGAGCACGAUUUUGUUGUAUUCAUUCCACCAGCGCGCUUAGUUGUCGUCGAGGAACCUAUCUGGCCACACACACCAGGCCCGGCCACGGGAAUAGAGACCUUUGUUUGUUGUUUUCGUUCGUUCGUUCCCUCCCACCGGGUGCAUAAAAUGGCCCUAAACAUUAACGACGGUUCACUGUCACCUACCGUCGAACAGGGUGCCGCCGGGCUGCCACUGCCCGAGGUAAUACCGAACGUGAAUGUGUACCAGCAGAAGAAAACGCUAGCCCAGGGCAUGAUGGACCUGGCGCUGCUGUCCGCCAAUGCGAACCAGCUCCGGUACGUGCUGGAAACGUACGAGCGUCAUCCGUACUACAUCUUCAGCCUAAUCUUUAUCUCCGUCAGCCUGCUGGUGCAGGUAGCGGUCGGCGUCGGCCUGAUCAUGAACAGCCGGUACGACGUGAACGAUCGGAAGGAGAUAUGCAAGGCAAACAAGAUCAACGACCUCAUCACGAUCGGCAUCUUUGUCAUUACGCUGGUCAAUGUGAUGAUUUCCGCGUUUGGGGUGGCGCCGCGUAAAGCGUGAGUGUUAAAGUGCGAGUGUGAGUGUCCGAAACUGGCUAGAGUGCAAAAUGAAAUGACGCUGUAGCGAAAAAGUGCAAAAGCGUAAAAUGCGCCAAAAUGUGUAAUAGGUGGAACAAACAAGAGAGAGAUGGAGCAGAGAGAGAGAGAGAGAGAGAGAGAGAGAGAGAGAGAGAGAGUGAAAAUUUGUCAUCGAAUUCGUGUGUAAAAUACUCUUUACGAUGCACCUGCUACCGUAGCGUUAGUCAUCAAUCAUUGCAUGGGGAAAACCCUCCACAUCGCAGUGAAGCAUAGUAUUGUUGAACAGGUUCCCAAGAAUAUUUAAAAAUGCAACACAACAUGAAAACGAAAUACCUCGUAAAGAACACCCCUGCACAACAGAAACUUCCUCUGCACAAUGCCCCCAAAGCUAUGCAACGCUAAUCUUAUGUAAAUUAUUUUCCUCCCCGCAAACAUGAACAGCGCUUCUACAGCAGCAGGGCAGUUAUUAGCUGGUUGUGGGUUGCAAAAAUGGAAAGACAAAUUUGCCAAAACUCGACGACUUAGAAGAAGAUAAGAAGAGCAAGCGCCCGGCCUCAUGGGGUAAUAAAUGAUAUUAUGCGGUUAAGCAACGACCCUUAUCUCCCUCAUAGUGCGAAGAAAUAUGACCUUGUACAGUGUUUGGUAGAACUUUGUUUUACAAAUAAAAUAACAAUAAGUAACAACUAGAGACGCAUGUCGCAUGUCUAGA